AUGUUGACCAAGCAUAGUUUCCUUGCCAUCAUCGCCUUUACCAGCCUCUUUUCUGGGGUUUCUGCCCUCUCUUCCGGUGCCAUUGGCUGCAAUGGAGAUGAACCAGCCGUGGGAGACGAACACACCGAUUCCGACCUGAAACCUCUCCAAAAGACCGGAGACUUGGCAGUCGGAAGCUUGACGCUUGCCAUUAAUGGAGUUCCAUUGGACCCCAACACUCCCUUUGAUGCUCCCAUUGGAGUGGCCCACACAUGGACCCUUACGGUUGACCUGGAAGGGUUGCAUGCCCGUCCAUUCCGUGGUUUCUUGGUGCGCAUCGAUAGCGGUGAUGCCAACAUAGGUGGGGAUGAUGCCUUGGAAAUCCUGGAUGAGAGUGGCAGUGACAUCCAAGAAGCCCUUGUUUGUGCAGUCCAGGAGGGAGUUGGUGGCCUCACUCAUACUUCCAAUGGCGAAAAGACACGCGUCGUCGGUGCUCUCGUCUUGGAAGAAGUCAACACAAAUAUUUCUGUUGAUGUUACUGUCGUGAUUGAAAACCGGGAUAUCAGAUCCGCUUACUUUUACAAUCAGUUCAAGAUCAAUGCUGUGGACACUGCAAGCCCCGGGGAAGGAGGAGGGGACAAUGACAACAACCACCCUGAUGGUAAUGAUGUGUGUUUCUCGGGAAUUGAUACAGUGGAAGUCCAGAGCCGGGGACGCAUCCAAAUGAAGGAUAUGAGGGUUGGAGAUCUCGUUCGCACUGGGCCCGGAAAGUACGACUGGGAGCCCAUCUAUGGGUUUGGUCAUUUGGACACAGCAAAAUCUGCGGAGUACCUUCAGAUCCACACUGAUGGAAAUAGAGCACCUCUGGAAAUGACGGGGAAUCACUUGAUCUACCGUGUGAACCCAUCUACUUUGGAAUCAAAGCUGAUCCCUGCAGCUCAGUUGGAGCCAGCAAACUUUGUGGAGGUGGUGUUACAGGGCGACGAGGCUGUACACGGUGUGCACUUAGUCGCAGUGUCCAAGAUCACCAGGGUCAAAAGACGUGGCUUGUACAUGCCAUUGACUCCCAGCGGCAGAAUCUUGGUCAAUGGAGUAUUCUCCAGUUGCUAUGUCUCUGUGAAUGUUGAGCUCCCACCAACAGUUGCCAAGUACAGUUCCUGGUUCUUGUCCGAAAGUGCAAUCUUGCAUUGGUGGCUUGCUCCUCACCGCAUUGCUGCGAUGAUGGGCCUUUCUUGGUCCUUGGGUUGUGCCAUGGACGAGAAUGGCUAUCUCCAGUGGCUAAUGUAUGGGAAGAAACUGGCGGAGUACGCAGAAGACAAAGGUUUUAUGAUCCAAUUUGUUUUGAUUGGGUUGCCCUUGCUGGCUGUAUUGGGUGUGAUCAACCUUUUGGAGGCCUUAGUUGGAGCAGCGGGAGUUCCCAAGUUGAUAUUUUGGUUGCUUGUCUGGCUGAUCUGUACAAUGGUGUUUUCCAGAAAGAAAGUUGGUCAUGGCAAGACUACCCGCAGGGCGUGGAAUGACUUGAUUUCCUCUGUUUCAAAGCUGUCUCCCUAG